UCUGCGCCUCCGUUGUCCGUGUGUACAAAUGUGAAUUUAACAGAUAAAUUGACGUCCCGUCCCGUUCGGAACGGACAACAAAACUUGCGCGAGUAAAGUCAGUGCUUGGUCAGAGCUAAAAACAACACCACACCAUAAUCACCAUCAUUAUCUCAUCGUCGGUUAAUAUCAUCGAUGAGCGACGUUAAGCGAGACGACGACGACGCUGUGUGAUGCGUUUGCACUACAAUAUACACAUAAACGGGAACGAAGGCAGCAAACGCAUCUACGAUGGACUACGACGUUAUAUCCAAUUUCAGCCUGGACUAUUAUCAGAACGCAUCGCAGGCGAUCACCCCGGAGGAAUCGAUGUCGAUGAUCCUGCACGAAAUAGUCUUCUCGAUAAUCUGCCUGGUGGGAAUCGUAGCCGACGGACUGAUCAUCUACAUCCUGAAUCGCCUGAAGAACAUGAAAGGAGCGACGAACGUUUACAUAAUAAACUGGUUGAUCAGCGACACUUUUUACUUGAUCUUGACUCCAUGCUUUUACCGGAUAUUUUCGGCGUUGGAGGAUCUUUUCAUUGGGGAGGAGAUCGUCUGCGUUUCAUUCGAGAUGGCUUCGAUGCUUCAAGUUACAACUAUAGCGUUCAUUGGUGUGAUUUGCAUGAAUUGGUACUUGGAUGUGUUCGAAGUGCGAGUGCCUAGUGGACGGUUGUACCCUUACGUGAUUCUCGUGGUGUGGUUGAUGGCGUUCAGCGGUAUAGUCACCUUGUCCAGUUUAUGCAUAGAGUUUAAGUAUUCGUUGAUCUCUCAUUACCUGUUGUUCUUCGGGUACGCAGCUCUGAUGGUUCUUGUGCUCAGCAUGCACUGGACGAGGUACGUGACCAAGGAUAGACCUCACGAGAUGUUCAAUAUGAACUUGAACUUGGUCAGCGUCUACGUGAUCUGCUGGUUUCCAAGCUGGAUAUGCCUCUUGGUCUCCGUUGCUGAGAACUACUCCGUCCUCUACUACUUGUCGAUAGUAGCCGCUUGUCUAGGAUACCUCAACCCUUUGUUCAACCUCUACAUCUUCGCCAGAUGCAACAGGAACUUCCGAAUGUGCUUACUACAAAUAUUCAGGUGCAUCAACAGAGACUACUACAGCAUGGAGCAAGAAUAUUUAGAGCCAUCAGAAGACUUAUUGAAUCGCGUAUACAGCGUGGCAUAAAAACACUAAAGUUUUCGAUAACUUUAGUGUUUUUAUCCCAAUAACCGAAAUUCCGACAAUCAAAUUCCCGACUCAAUCAAAAAAUCCCGACAGUGUCUUUUAUUAUUUCAUAUAGACUUAUUCAUA